UGUUAUCCUAAUGGGUACCUCAUCUACCGGAAGUUCGAAAAUUCUCAGUACCAGUGCUUAAAGUUUACGGAGAUUUGAUUAAUACGUGGUAGGUUACGGUACUACGAAGUGUUGCCCACUGAGCUGCCGAGCCUAGUACGAGUCCUCUACCUAUUUGAGAUGGCAGCAGGAGAUCCGUCGGGCCAUGUGUCUUGUUUCACGUUGGUUGCUGACACUAUGAACGUUGGAUAGUGAUUGUGGGUGGUUGGAAGGAAGCUGGCGUUAAUGUUUUGGAUUUCUGUAGGCGAAGCAUUAAAUAUGCGUUUCUCUGUUUAGACAACAUUCUCGAUUUGAAGCAGAAGCUAUGUAUUGAAAGGUUUUAGCUGUGUCAUAUGAUGUGAAUACAUACAAAAAAGUUGUCUGAAGUUGUAAUUUAAUAUUUCCGCCCACGUGCGAUUAGUAUUCAUUUCAGUGGAAGAGGAGUUAUUUAUAAUUUACAGCACUUAUUCAGCUUAAUUUGCAAUCAUGAAGAAUAAACCUACAAGGCACAAGGAAAGCAAUACAUUUAAGUUUCAGCCAUUUUCUGAGAGGAUAGCAAAUAUUGAUGUUGAUGUUUUCCAUCGAGUGAGACAUAAAAAUGAAAAUGACUCCGAGGGAUCUGGGACAUAUUUUCAUGAGUCUCUAGAAAAAUGGGGUGAUUUAAACCUUACAGAAAGUUUUGAAGCCUUUAAGAAAGAAAUACCAGCAACACAUACACUUCCUCAAGUACUACAACAAAAGGAUGAUAUUGUAGCAAUACUUAUCAAGUAUAUCAAGCUUAAGAAUCCCUUGUGUUUGCAGCCUGUAUUGGAAUUGGUAGUAGCAUUGGCUCAAGACUUGCAGCAGGAGUUUUAUCCACACUAUUCAGAGUUUGUACAUAAUUUAAUUGAUUUGCUCGAUACAAAAGACAGUGACGUGUUGGACUGGACCUUUACGUGUUUGGCAUUCUUGUCCAAGUUCCUGUGGCGAUACCUUGUGAAGGAUGUCAGGAUUGUGUUUAAUGAUCUUCUUCCCUUGCUCGAGAAUUCAAAACCUGACUAUAUAAACAAUUUUGCUGCUGAAAGUUUUGCCUUUGUGGCACGUAAAGUUAAGGACAAAAGAGCCUUUCUUCUGCUUGUACUAAAAACUUUGAAGAAACAUCCUGAGGGUGUUACAGGUUGUGGUCGCCUUUUAUUUGAAGUCAUGCGUGGUGUGUCAGGCCAGUUCCACAGCUGUGCCGACAUCAUGUUACCUGUUGUCUUUGAGAUGUUAGCAGAUGAAUCAGUAUCACAAAAUCUCCUCUUUGAAGUACUAACUUAUAUGGUGGAAGCAAUGGUGAAAUUCAUUCAACCGAAGAAAGGUGGACCUUUCUGGACUUCAGCCUUUAAAACUGUCACGUCAUUUGUAUCAUCACCAGAGAAUGUCAUGGACAGGCAUGAGCCUAUCUGUCUGAUACUGAAACUUGUACUGCAAGCUGUUAGCUACAGGAAUGCAGUCUUUGUAUCAGAUCCAGUAGUAAUAGCACAACAAAUCAUUGAGCUACUGAAGCUGGAAGCAUUACCUGAGGAUAUUCUUUUAGUAGCUUCAGAAAUAGGUGCAGCUUUGUUGAUGUCACCAAUAGUAAGUCUGCCACAGGAGUAUGUGAGUCGCAUCAUAUUUAAGGUUUUAGCUGUACCAUACACUGGUGUCUUUCUGAUGUUUGUCCAGAGAGUGUUGACUUACCCAGCUUUUGAACUCUUAGUACUCCCUCAGCUCAUGCACCACUGUCAGAGUGUGUCCUUGUGUGACAAUGCUGUGGGGGUUGCAGGAAUUGGUCAGGACUUCUUGAACUUGCUCACACGUGUGAUACUAUGUAAGGCUCCUUUAUGCAAAACAGGAAUGGAUUUGAAAAGCUGGCGCCGGUAUCCUCUUAAUUUCAUGGAUACGUUCAGGAAGGAAACUAAUGAGAAGAACAUCACUGUGCCAAGCCAGUUUCUUGAUGUGCUGUGUGUGAAUGAUAUUAAUGAAUUGUUAAAGAAUGUGGAAGAUUUCUUUUGUGUCACAAUUUGCCUUCCACACAUGAAACAGUUCAAUCAAGAUCUAGCCAUAAAACACUUGAAACAUGUCUUGUUGUUAUUGUGUUCUUCUUUGGAACGAACUAUGGAUGAUGUUGAAAGUAUACAUGAACGUGACUUGGACUUGUCUAAAAGUACACAACUUAAGAGGAAGUGUAAUCAGAGUGAAGGUAUUUUGAGUGAAGAAAGAAUAAGAGUUCUUCUCCUUCUGCUGCCAACUGUUUUGGAAACUCUUAUUCACUUGACUGACAGCAAAACCCUGAAGGAGGCAUGCAGCUUAGAUAUGCUUGUGAGUUCUAUACUGCCAUAUGCUUGUGAUCAUGCAAACCUUGAUGCAUUAAGGGCACUGGAUUUGUAUUUAACUGCCUGUAAGCCAAAGGAAGAAGAAGAUGCUUAUAGUUUGCAGUUAUUUGGGAGAUUGUAUUCGAAAUUGUUACGGAACCUGUCUUCACCUUUUCAUAAGAUUCGGCUGUUGACUUUACAUAUUUUCUCCUUAUUUGAGCAACCACAUGACUCAGAUGGAUCAGAGAGAACCAUUCACUGGCCAGUCUUCAGUCUAUGCAUGUCUGCAGAACUAGUUCCACCCAUGGUACAUGAAUACAGAAAGAAACUGCAACAUCUUGAAGGUUUAGAAUUCACAGCAGUUUCUAUGUAUUUGUCAAAGUACCCAGAGUACAGUAAGGUUCCACUCUAUUUCCUGCUUGGAAACUUGUAUAUAAACUUCCAACUCCUGUGGGAACCAACAAGCAAACUCAUUGCUUCAUAUGCACAAGGAAUGAAUAUAACUGAUUUCUGGGAAGUGUUUAGAGAGAAACUGCAUUUGGCUAAACAACAGAUAACAGGUUUUAGACCAGAAUCAACAUCCUUCAUCCCAUUAAAUCGUGAUUUCCUAUUAGAUUUUUUUUCAAAACAUAAUCAGUUUGAUGACAAACCAGAUUAUAAUAAUUACCGUCUGUUGCUCUGGAAAACAAUGACAGAAUUCCCUGAAGUCUGUGAGACUAAAAACAGAGAUAUAUCUCCAUUAUUUCUCACAUUCUUGGAGGAGGAAUACUUCAAAUCAAAUGCAGAAGUUGCAAAUUCAUGGAGUAUAAAGAUCAGGAGUCCUGUGGAGGAGAAAAAAGUUAAUGACACAGAACUUAUGGAGGCUGACGAGAUAAUGGAAGAUGCAGAAUUGACAACCAUAAGUAAAGAACUUGUGAAAGUUCCAAAAUCAUCACAGACCAAUGCAAAGGAAAUGUUAAAGACUUUACUUGCACAUAUGAGUGUCUUUAGUAAAAUGAAGAAUCCACGUUCCAUGUAUCGAGAACCGGAUUUGAAUAAAAUGUACCUUGACUUAUUAACACAUAGGAAUCCUGAUGUUCAGAAGAUGGCCCUUGAUUGCCUGAUGUCAUACAAGCAUAAAUUUUUGGUACCCUAUCGAGAACAUAUGUAUGGUUUGAUUGAUGAUAAAACUUUCAAGACUGAAUUGACAGUGUUUCAAAUUGACAAGGAAAGUGAAUUAAUUCAAACAGAACAUCGUAGUGAACUCAUGCCAUUCAUCAUGAGGAUUUUGUACAGCAAGAUGUUGGCAAGAACAAGUGUUAGAUCAGGAGGGUCAGGACAGCUGCGACGCUCUCUAGUGUUACGAUUCCUUGCUGGCUGUCAUGAGAAUGAAAUGCUUCAUUUUGUUGAGAUGGCUUUCAAAAUAUAUGCAAAAUAUUUGAAUGAUGAUCCUGUUGCUAUGGUAGAUACAAUCCUUGACACUCUGGAUCUUGAACACAUAAUUCCACCAAAACGCUUACAGAGCUCUCUGAACCUUCUAAGUGUUGUACUGGACAAAUUUGGCCGUUUGAUGGGGCAGAGGUUGCUGCCUUAUCUACUGAAAAUUUUGUUCUGUAUUUCUGCCAUUGUGCAAGGUGCACUUGCAUGCAGAGACAUGAUACACCCUGGCUACCUCCCUAUAUUACUUACAUUGCGAAAUUCGUGCCAAGGAAUAGCAGCACGUUUUUUUGAACAUUAUUAUAAUUAUGCUUGGAGUGAAGUUGAAAUGGAUGUCAUAUUUCAAACGUUGGUGUGGCCAUGGUUGGAAAAGCUGCCAGUGGAAGGAAUACACAGCCCUACAGCAUUACUGAAGCUCUUUCUGGUGUGGAGCAAACAUCCCAGAUAUUUUGUGCUUUUGGCAAAACAUGCGAGAGGAAACAAGAAUUUAACUCCGUUGCCAUAUAUUAUGAAUCUUCUGCUGCGUGCACAAAGUCACCCAUCAGUCACUACUUCUAUCAUGGAGUUAGUGGAGAGGUUAUUGACGCUACAAGAUCACCAAGAAGAAAGGAAUGAAGGCGCUGAGGUGGCUCCAGAUAUACCAGUCACCCUAAAACUGCAAGUUGACUUACAGGCGAUAACAAAACUCUCAUUGCAUGAGAAUCUGAACUAUGGCAGCUGUUUGCUUCUACCUCAUAUUUCUGCCAUUCUGGAGAGGUUAGAACGCAAACUAGGAUCAAAGAAACACAGGAGUUUGAGUCAACGGGACCUGAUUGUUCUGUCAAGAGUGACAGAACUUGUUUGGGAUGAUUCAACAAGUGACACACUGCUACGCCUUCUGCUGCCACUGCUUGGAAAGAAGAUGCAUGCAGGAGAGGAGACAGUCUCUCACUUUAUUACCACUCUUGAUAACUUGUUCAAAAAUGUUACACAACCAGAAAAACACCUUAGGUCUUUGGCUCCAUUAUUUGGUGAAGUGAAUGCUCCAGGGCCAAGAAAGCUUUUGAAUCGUUUGCUGACAACAGUUGCUAAGCGUAGCAGUGAAGAGCGGAAGGAACACCUAGUUGCUAGUGCAGAGCUGAUAUCAAGGCUUAAUGCUUUCAAUCCCAAGUGGGUAGAGCAGCCAGAUUUCAACGAGCGUCUCGAAGGAUUUAAUGAAGUCCACAAGAUGCUAGAAAAGGGACAGAUUGAUUUAGAUCUGGGAGUCAUAAUAAUACAUAACUGUUUUCAUUUCAUCAGGACUGAAAAGGAUCUGUCUCUUAAAGACAGUGCAGGAUACUGUUUGCGCAAAGUGGCUCCUGCUGUGAGCCUCCAAUACCGAGAUGCGGCUUCAGACAUGGAGUUCCUAGUGAGUGACACUGUACUGUGUUUGGUUCGCGCUGGCAUCAGAGAUAAAAAUGAGACUGUCCAGCAGGAGUCAAUUAAACUGCUUGGAGAAAUGGCUCGUGAAUGUAGUGAGCUGCAUCCUGUACUGCAAGAUUUGUCAAAGUUGACGAAUAAAGCAGACCCAGAAGUUGAUUUCUUUGAGAACAUACUUCAUUUGCAGAGCCAUCGCAAAUCCAGAGCUCUGCUCAAGUUUUGUCAAGUUGCAAAGGACCUUACAAAAGCUCCAACUCCUCGGACUUUGACACAUUUCAUUCUUCCUCUGGCGUCUGGCUUUCUGUGCUCAGAGAAAUAUGCUCACAAGAAUAAUGUUGUGGAUGCAGCUGUUGAGACUAUUGGCACUGUAUGUCGAUUGUUGCCCUGGCACCAAUACGAAACCAUUCUUCGUUUCUACCUGGCAAAGCUGCGUUACCAAGUUGACUUCCAAAAACAGUUGGUUCGUACUGUGGUAGCCAUUCUUGAUGCAUUCCAUUUUGACCUAUCAAGAGCACAGAUUUCUGGUAUGCAGGACAAAAAUGAAGACAUAAAAACAGCAGAUGUGAAAUUAAUGGAAGUAGAGAAGAGUCCUAAAGAAGUGGCAGUUACUGACAUCACUGAUCCUUCAGGAAGCAAUUCGACUGUUCCUAUAAAUGGAAAUGAUGAACCAGGAGAAACUGAUGUACUUGAUUCUGUUGAAGCUGAUACAAACAAGACACUAGAGGAAGCAGGCCCGGAAGAAUUGGUGGACAGGUUGGAGAGUCUGUUGGACUUAGAGGAUGAUGCUCCCAAAGUAGAGGAAAAGGAAUAUGAAGCAACUUGUGAAAUGGCUUCGGUUCCUGUUCCAGCUAUUAACAAAGAGGCAGUGCUUAACAAGUCUGUUGCCACACAUGUGAUCCAGAUCAUAACAACAGGGCUUUUGCCACAGAUUCAUCGUGUAAUGGCACAGCUCACUCAAGCAGAAUUGUCUCACAAAUUAAACAAGAAACAGACAGCCUCUGAUAAAGAGGAGGAAGGAAUUCUUCGUGUUCCCAUUGCUAUAGCUGCAGUUAAACUACUUCAGCGCCUUCCAUCUCACAUGUUGGACCAGAACUUACCAGGGAUUCUAAUGAAGUUGUGUACAUUCCUGAAGUCUCGACUGGAGAGCGUCCGGCGAAUAACUCGUGAGACACUCCAGAAAAUAAUGUUGACUCUUGGUCCAAAAUAUUUGGGUAUAUUACUGCAUGAAAUGUCAGCUAUGCUUACUAGAGGCUACCAAGUACAUGUACUCAUCUACACCAUUCAUGCAGUCCUCGUUUCACUUAAGGAUCUUUUCCAACCUAAUGACAUUGACUGCAAUCUUCAGAAUAUCUUGGAGCUUUGUAAGAAGGAUUUGUUUGGAGCUGUAGCUGAGGAAAAGGAAGUGAACCAAAUCACUGGGAAACUUCAAGAGGCUCGAACAACUAAAAGCUACGAUACAUUUCAAAUCCUUGCACAGUUUGUGACAGAGAAGUGCUUCUUGGAUUUAAUUUUGCCACUCAGAGAGAUUCUGGCCCAUUCACAUUCAUUCAAAGUUAUUCACAAAUGUUCUGAGUGUCUCCGCCGGGUUGUGCUGGGCUUGGCCGAUAACACCUUUGUGCCUGUUGAGUCUCUCCUUGUAUUCAUGUAUGGAAUAGCAUCUGAGAGUAUCCCUGAAUUAGUAUCAGAGCUAAAAAAAGAAGAAAUUACACCUGCUCAGAAAGAGUUACUGGCCCGGCAGCGUCCAGACAGUUUCAUUAUUCCUCAGGCUCCAAGAAAUCGUUCAGGUUUCACUGUUGCUGCCAGAACAUCAACUCGAACUAAUGCUCAUAUAUUGGUUGAAUUUGGUCUCCGUCUUUUUCAUAUUAUUCUUAAAAGGGAGAAGCUACGAACAGGAGAUUUCAGGCCAUUUGUUGACCCAAUGGUUCCUGUCCUUUGUGACUGUUUCAAGGCCCAGCAUGUUAAGCUUACUACCAUAGCACUUCAGUGCAUGAGCUGGAUUCUUAGAAUGGAUCUUCCUGCCCUAAGAGAGAACAUACAGAAUAUUAGUGCAUCAGUAUUUAAGUUGCUGCAUAAAUAUGCAGCUGCUGGUCUUAACAAAGGAGACAACUUUGAUCUAGUUGUAGCAGCUUUCAAAGUAGUAACAGUGCUGGUGAGAGAUGUCAAGUAUCAUGUUAUACGAGCUGAACAAAUGAAAACGUUACUUCUUUAUGCAGAGCAGGACAUGCAUGACUUCAACCGCCAAGCAACUGCAUUUGCAUUGCUGAAGGCUAUAUUAGCCCGCAAGCUUGUGGCACCUGAAAUGCACGAUGUCAUGGACAAGGUUGCAAAACUUAGUAUCACCUCAGAACUUGCCCAUGUCCGUUUACAGGCGCGACAGGUAUUCCAUCAGUUCCUUAUGGAUUACCCUCUUGGCAAGAAGUUGGAGCGUCACCUGGCUUUCUACAUUUCUCAGCUGAACUAUGAAGUUCAGUCAGGGCGAGAGUCUGCUCUGGAGAUGGUGCUGUCUGUUAUCACCUCAUUUCCAAUUGGUGUCUUGACUUCACACUCAGGUCUUCUCUUCGUUGCUCUUGGGGCUCAGCUUGUGAAUGAUGAUUCACCAGAAUGCAGAAAAAUGGUUGCACGUUGUCUUGAAACUAUGUUGGAAAGACUUGAUAAACAUGCCCGUAAUCAGCUCUUUGAUAUAAUUAUUGUAUGGUUCAAAGAUAAUAAGGUGGAGCAUAACCGGUUGGCUGCGCAGCUGUGUGGAAUCUUCGUUACAGUUGAGAAAUCGGACUUCGAGAAUCGAUUGCCAAAAGUACUCUCACUCAUUGUGCAACACCUUAGCUCAGAUUUUACCGAUGAUCAACCAGGGAGAUAUGUGAGAAUUGCACAACCAAAUGAUGACAGUCCAACUGAAAUGGAGAAAAAUGAAAGGGUGAGAGAUCGCCUUCUUUUCCAAGUGCUCCAGCUGUUACGGAAAAUCUGUACUUCCCAUCCAGACAUUCUUACCGAUUCAAAAUGGGAAGAUGAUAUGGAGACUGUUGCAGAAACUGCUCAGGGUCUUCUAGCACAUCCUCAUGAAUGGGUCCGUCUUGCUGCUGCACAAUUUCUUGGCCAUAUGUUUAGUUCACUAGAUGUCAAGAAGGUUGCCGCAGCAGUAUCUAGUCAUCACAGUGUUUCUAGAAAAGAGUGUGGUUACUUUUAUCAUCAUACGAAGCAGAGGCUUAAGUCUCUUGUCUUGGAUUUCUGUGCACAGCUUCAACCAUGUGAUAUUGGAGCUGAACUUGUGGAACAGGUGGUGAAAGAUUUGGUUUUCUUGGGCAGAGUGCUUAAGAAUGUCUCUCUGGGAGGUCAGAUAGAUGAAAAUGAGGAACAUGAGUCAGGCGAAGAGUCAGAAGAUAAUCAGAUUAAACUUUCAUUGCUCUGGAUGAUUCGACGAAUGAGGAAGAUAGUGAACAUCGAGGUAGUUCGAGCACCAAAAUCAACAGCUAUGCGUACAGCCGUGUUCAAGUGGAUUGGUGCUAUUGUUCUGGAUCUGGGACGUGAUGGACUUUCUCCUCUGGCAGAUCAGCUCCUUGCACCACUGGUCCGUGAAUUGGUGAGAACUGAUGAAUCAGAUUCAGGGAAAGAAUUGUGUCAACUGGCCAAAGAGGUUUCUGAUUUAAUAAAAAAGAAGUUGGGAAUGGAAGUGUACAUGCAACAUCUUUCCCGUCUGCAAAUCAAUCUGGCUGCAAGGCGAGCAGAUCGUAAGAAACUCCGAGCACAGGAGGUUUUGACUAAACCAGAGAAGGCAGCAAAACGAAAAAUAAAGAAAAAUUUAAAGAAAAGAGAAGCAAAGAGGAAAAGAAUUGAGAGUAUUAAAGGACAGAAAUUCAGAAAGAAGAAGAGAAAGGAAUUUCAGAUAGAAGAUAUAUAACAUAAAAUUCAAGAAGUGUAUGAGAGCUACAGUACAGACCAUGAAAAUGAAAACGAUGUGCGCAGAGAAAAUGGUUAUGUAGGAAUACAUAUUCAUUCCUGUAAUUAUUCUGGCUUUCAUAUAAGUUGAUUUCAUGUUUUAUUGUUACAUCAUUAUUGUGUAUUGUUAAUUUUUACAAGAGUUCAUAAUUAUGCAAAUAUUUGUAUCUAUUUUUAUCAUUGUAUACAUAAUAAAAUAAGUUAAUUAUAAUUAGUCUUUAAAAUUUGUAGGUAAAUAUAAUAUUACCCAUUUAUAAUGAACUGUCAUUUUGAAAUUGUAAGGAUAGCCCAGAUUCAAUGGUUGAAAACCUGUUCUUUUUUUAUUUCUUUUUUAUUUUUAUUACAAUUCUUUGGUGUAGUUUCAGUUCUAGUGUACCAUUUAUUUUCCAUACUGUGAAGAUGGAGACAGCAUAUUCCUCGAAUUUUGGAUCUAACCAACAUUCCAGAAGACAGUAGUCUUAGAUAUCUAGUUACUGUACCGUUCAAAAGUAAAAUGGUUUAGUGACGGACAGAAACAAAUAGAAAAUAAACACACAAACUAGUGGUCUGGGGAAGAAAUUAAACAGAGUUACCUGAUCUAUGCUUGCAUGGCUUACU